ACGCUGAUCAGAAGGCAGGAGCCAGAUGUCAGUUCCUGGAUUUACCCUUGGUGUCUUCAUAUUUUUGUUGCGCAUCAUUUCUGUGGCUAAUUAUCCCAAUGGGAAAGUAACACAGUCCUGUGGCAGAAUGAUUCCUGAACAUGGUCACAGCCCACAGUCGGAGGUCGCUCACCGCAUUUCAGUGAGUCAGCAGACGUUCAGGCCGGGAGAUCAGAUCGAAGUUACUUUGUCAGGACAGCCAUUUAAAGGCUUCCUCUUGGAAGCUCGUGACGCUGAGAAUUUGAAUGGCUUUCCUGUUGGCUCUUUCUCAUUGAUUGACAGUCGAGUAUCACAACUUCUGAAUUGUGAAGACAUACAGGGAUCAGCUGUGAGUCAUACAAGUUCAUCCAAAAAAACAGAGAUUAAAGUGUAUUGGAGUGCUCCAAGCAGUGCCCCAAAUCAUGUACAGUUUCUAGCAACAGUUGUUGAGAAGUAUAAAAUCUACUGGGUGAAGAUGCCUGGUCCUAUAAUUUCCCAACCAAAUGCACUUCCAUUUACGACACCUAAAGCUACAGCAGCAUCUUUGUCAACGUUACCUCCGGUUUCCCAUUUGAACAAAUCCUUCAGUGCCUCAGAAUGUGGGGACAAGAAGUUCUGUAUUAGGAGCCCUUUCAACUGUGACCCUGAGAAGGAUCGUGCUUGCUUCUUCUUAUCCUUCACAAGAGAUGACUCGUCGGUGAUAGUUGAAAUGAGCGGUCCCAGUACAGGAUAUUUAUCCUUUGCAUUUUCUCAUGACCGAUGGAUGGGUGAUGAUGAUGCUUAUAUAUGUAUUCAUGAAGAUCAGAUGGUGCAUAUACAGCCUUCCCAUUUGACCGGGCGAAGUCACCCUGUGAUUGACUCCAAGGCUGUUCUUGAGGAUGUAUCUUGGAGGUUGGAAGAUGGUAUUAUGCAGUGUUCUUUUAGAAGAAACAUCACCUUACCUGGGGUGGAGAAUAGGUUUGAUCUAAACACAAGCUACUACAUAUUUCUAGCAGAUGGUGUAGCUAAAGAUGGUCGAAUUUAUAGGCACUCCCAGCAACCUUUAAUUACAUAUGAAAAGUAUGAUGUGACUGACUAUCCAAAAGAUGUAGGAGGGACCCGUUCUUCACUACUUCUGAAGGUUCAUGGUGCCUUAAUGUUUGUGGCAUGGAUGACUACUGUUAGCAUAGGAGUACUGGUUGCUCGGUUCUUCAGACCUGUUUGGUCAAAAGCUUUCUUCUUUGGCGAAGCAGUUUGGUUUCAGGUGCAUCGGAUGCUCAUGGUCACUACAUCUGUGCUCACCUGCAUUGCUUUUGUUAUGCCUUUUGUAUACAGAGGAGGCUGGAGUUGGCAUGCAGGUUACCACCCGUACCUUGGUUGUGUUGUGAUGACCUUAGCAGUUCUUCAGCCACUUCUGGCAGCCUUCAGGCCACCUUUACAUGACCCAAGAAGGAAAAUGUUUAACUGGACUCAUUGGGGUAUGGGAACAGCUGCGAGAAUAAUAGCAGAUGCAUUAGUAAUUGGAGUAAUUGGUUGUUGAGGAGAAAUCAUCCUUAAACAUUGAACUCCAGAAAGUAAUUUCUAGAGGUAACUAUUUAAGUCAUUAUUUCAGCUUUAAAGUUAAAGUUAAAAAAAAGACUUUAAAACUCUCCUUUGAAGACUUUUUAAAGCAUUUUCCUUUGCCAGCAGAAUAACAUACUGAUGACCAAACAUUUGAGCAGCUUAAGUUGAUGUUCAUUUGUGGGGUGGGCUGAGGUGGGGCUGUUGGGUGUAAGACUUCUGUAUUAAUCAGCUUUUUGUCUCUAUAACAAAAUACCUUAGAAAAGUACUUUUGAAGGAGGGAGACUUAUUUUGACACAGAGUUUUAAAGUUGUACAGUUCAAGAUCAGGUGGACUACAUUGGUUUGGCUGUCUGGUGGGCCUGGAAGUUGCCAGUGACAGAAUGUAUGCAGGGAAGGGAUCAUGUGGCAAACUAGGAAGCAGAAUGAGAGGCUGGGCCCAACUCAGGCUUCUAUAAUAAACUGUCACCAUACUGCUUCCCAAGGGCAUGCCCCCAGUGACCUAAGUCUCCUCCACCAGGCCCACCUCUUAACUGGAUUAGGCCCAUGCCAUAACUGGCUCUAAGUUUCCCAUCCUCUAAGUGCAUUAACGUAAGAUUUUGAGGUUUUAACUUUAAAUAUCUACAUGCAUUUGGGAGCCAAAUCCUACUAGAACCAUCAUACUCCCCAUCUCCAGGCUCAUUUAAUGGGACGGAUACUCUCCAGGGUAGAGUGGUUUUCAAAAGACAAGUAUGAUUGAUUAUCUGGUAUGUUUUCUUGCCUUACAGAUUUAUAAUAAAUACCUAACCAGGUACCUCCUGUGGUCCUAGCAUGUCUGUAGUCUAUGGAUGCUCUGUGGAAGAUGGAAUACAAUUAGCAAUGGUUUUCAUGGUUCUCUCUCAUCCUACAUUAUAUAUUUAAAACUUUCUGGAAAGUUUGCCUGUUUUCUUUUCUCUCUUUCUCUUUUUUUCUUUUCCCUUUCUUCCCUCCCCCCCCCCUUUUCCUCCCUCCCUCUUUCCUUCCCUCCUUCCUUCCUUCUUUAUUUCUGAUUUAUUUAUUUAUUUGAAAUUCAGUGUUACAGAGAGAGAAGGAGAGACAGACAGAGAGAGAGAGCGCAAUCUUCCAUCUCCUGGUUCACUCUCCAAAUGGUUGCAAUGGCUGGGGCUGGGAGCCAGGGGCUUCCUCCACAUUUCCCAUGUGAGUGUAGGGGCUCAAGGACUUGGGCCAUUCUCUGCUGCUUUUACAGGCACAUCAGCAGGGAGCUGUGCCAGAAGUGGAGCUGCCAGGACAUGAACUGGUACCCAUAUGUGUUGCUGGUGCUGCAGAUGAUGGCUCAACCCACUAUGCCACAGCACCAGCCCCCGCCUGUUUUCUUAACAAUUGGUAGUUCAUAGUUAUAGUUACCAUCUUAUUCUACCUAGUCUUACAAUAAAAAAGGACUAAAUUGACUACUUCUACUUAAAUAUUCAUCUUAUUCAUCUCACAAAUUCUUUCAGUAUGUUUUACUUAAUAGAAUACAUAUAUGCAAGUAUCAACAUACAAUUACUACAUUUGAAUAUAAUCUUUUUUCUUUUAC